CCCCCUCCGAAAACACUCGCACACCCAACCAACAACCCACAUGAGUUGAAGUUAUUUUUUUCUUACAUUUUUCAUGUAUAAUUUUUGUUUAUUCUUUUUAAAAAAUAUUUCGAACAAAAAAAAGAGUUCUUUUGUUUUUGCUUUUGGUUGAGGAAGGAAUCUGGAGUAGAGUCUGAGAUUAGAGAUCGUCGAGUGUUGAAGAAAGUAUCUAUCUACUCGUGCAAGCAGCUCGUAAGGAUAGCCCCUAAACGUAUGCUAUAGUUUAACUUUUAAUUUAAUUUCGAUAUCCGAAAACCCAAAACCCCGAAACCCGAACCCAAAAUCGAUCCCAAACAUACCCUAAUGCAAGGAGCCAUUAGCCAGCCAUUCCCCUUAGCUAAGACUAAACCUCAAAAACCAAAUCUAAAUGCAUUGUGUUAUACUAUUGUCUGUACCACCUUGAAAUCGGUUAACCAUCAAACGAAUCGGCAAAUACAAAUCGAAUAUCCCCAAAAAUAUACCUGCAUACAAACCUGCAUCUCGACUCGAAUCGAAUUGAAAUGAAUUGUGAAACUGAAACCCUGAUGGAUACAGGCCCCGGUCCGCCCGACGACAGCAUGCCGUGUCGACACCACCAGCGAAUCAAGAAUCUCAGCCUGCGACACCAGAGAAAACACCAGCACACGCACCACCAAAACAAACCCCAACACUACCAUCUCCAACAUCACCACCAGCUGCCCCAGGAUAUCAAGGGUAAAUCAACCUCAACCACAACCAACCAACUCUCUCCAAGUCGCGACCCAAGCCAAGCUCCUUCCACUCCUACUCUUCCCUCUGCUGCUGCUGCUGCUGCUGCUGGCACUGCCACUGCCACUGUUCCUUUCGCCUGUACCACUACCACUACCACACCAGUCCCUGGAUCCGGAUCUGGCGGCAGCUUGAACAACCUCUCCACAACCCACGACGAGUCCGAGCGGGACUUUGACUUUGUGAUACCGCCACAGACGGGCGGAUGCCUGUGCGAUGAGUGCGGCGUGUUCGCACCGCCCAGCACCAGUGCCACGGCCAGCACGCUGGUGGCCGACGAGUGCUACUCCCACACAGCCUCCUCCAUGCUGAGUGCCACCCGCAGUGCCCUCUCCACGAUGGCGGCCAUUGCCACGGGCAGCAGCUUGACUGGUGGUAGCUCUGUCGGAGGAGCCAGCACGAGUGCGGCCGCUGCGGCUGCGCACGCGCAUGGUCCCGGGCAUGGGCACCCUCCCGCUGCAGCUGCUGCCUCCGCACCCGCCAAGAACAGCUCCGCAUCGACCCUCUGCUCCUCGGCAUACUUCUCCACGUCGGCGCCCACAACGAGCAGCUCGGUUCACAGCAUGUCGCGCUCUAACAGCAAGAAGCUGAAUAACAACACUUGCAGCAUAAACCAUAACAAGCUCAGCUUCCGCAGCGGCAGCCACGUGAGUCAAUUGAACCUGCCGCAGCAUCAGCACCUGAAUCAAAGCCAGAAUCAUCAGAAUCAACAGAAUCAGCAGAGGCGAAAUCUUUCAUCCUCAUCGCCGCUGCAGUCACCGACCCAGAAGUCGUGCGACUCGUCCGAUCUGGAUGCGGAAGUGGACGGUGACGGUGACACCACGGAUGGUGACCCAAAAAGUCCGCACAGCGCCAGAUCCUCCGAUCUAUCGGAAACCUUUGACUGGUGGUUCAAUAAGCCCAAGCGUAACUCUAAAAAGAGCAGUGCACACCAAAGCGAACACCAACAACCACAACAGCAACCACAACCACAACAACAACAGCAACACCAACACCCACAACAACAACAACAACAACAGCAAUCCAAAGCAAUGACAUUUUGGCAUCAAGCAUCGACCACACCGCGCUCUAGUUAUCGCUCUUUCUUCAAUUCUCUUGCCGAUCAAAUUUAUAGCAAACGUUCUACAUCGAGUCAAUUAAAUAUAAACAAUGGAUUUAAUUUAACACCAACACAUAGAUCGUCUCCAGUGAGUAGUUGUUGUGGCAGUAGUAGCCAGGGGCGAUCCAGUCCGGACACGGAUAUUCCAGAGCCGCCAGAGUUUCCGCUGAGUCCAGGUUAGCAUGCCGCCUUGGGUGUUUCGACCAUGUUCGUACACCUUUUGCCUUGACAUUGACAAGACACAUGUAAAUGGAAAUGUUAAUGUUAAUGUGGAUGUGUUGCUCUACCCUUUGAUUUCUCUUCUUGUUUUUUUUACCAUUCUUUUUACCUUCUUCUUU